AAUCCUAGCUCCGCCAUUGCACUCAGGUAAAAGCGAAUGCAAGAAUCAAUAUAUGAUCAAGUAUGGAUUUGGUUAUGACUAUAUUAGUGACGACUACAAGGUGGUAAUUACCUUAUCGGAUAAUGGUCCUGAUCGAACUAGGAUCUAUAAAUCCAUGAUCUACAGGUUAAGAACUAAAUCUUGGAGAUGGUAAUACUAUUUCGAACUCUGCAGUAUUUGUAAGGGCAAGUUCACCGGGCUGAGUUUUGCCCGGGCACCACGUCAGUUUUGCAGCCUGGGACACCAGAAACCGACUAUUGCAACUUCCACCGGAUCUGGGGCAAGAGAACAGUGGGCGGCCCAGGUCACAAGCUCGGGUAGGAGGGUGACUGAGCCCGUGACCCAGGUUGCCACGCUGGCCCAAAAAGAAGAGGAGAGGGGAGACGCGCCGGCUUGGUGGAGUGGGAGGCAGUCGCUUGUCACGUAGCGCCGACAAGCCUUGCAGGAGCGUGCGAACCAGUUUCUUGGCGUGUAGCGGCAUGCGGCUGGAGACGUGGCAAGUUGCCGUUGCAAGUGCAUGGGAAUUUGAAUGCAACGGUCAACAUAUCUGGACCGUUGCUUAUGAUAAUUGAAGGGAUCGGACGGCAAAGAAUUAUGGACCUAUAAUUCCUGUUUUGCAGAGGUAAAAACAAAAAAAAAAAAAAAAAUCUUUGUAACCGUUAGAUUACAACGGUAACAAAAAAAAAUAGAACAAAAAUUUCCUAUAAAUACCUCACCUCCUAUUUUACUUCUCACACCAAAAAAAUCAUCUUUUUUCCUCAAAUUUUUUUGUUCCUUCUCCUCAUAGCUUUCAUACUCUACAAUUUUUUGAUUCCAAUAUGAGUGUACGAGGCAAUACGAUUGUCCAACCCGUAGGAGAUCCAAGUAUUGACGGGACACGUUGGCAGACUAUUGAAGACAUUCAAUUGUGCAAGUCUUGGAGGGCUGUUAGCCAAGAUUCGGCAAAGGGUACGGAACGAAGAAAAGAUGAUCUAUGGAUAGAGGUACGCCAACACUAUGCCGAACAUUGGGAUGGAUAUGUCCGAUAAUUGCAAGCUUUUCAAGGGAGGUGGAAAACCUUGAAAGUCGAACUUUAUGCUUGGCAUUGUGCGUUAAGGCAAGCGAAGCUUUGGUACAAGAGUGAUGCGAAUAUGAUUGAUGAGCUACGUCAAGCACAAGAUUUGUGGAGAGCUGCGAUGACCAAAUCGAAAGGAAAAGCAAAAAAAGGUGAUUUCAUUAGUUUAGAAUGUUACGAGAUUGUUAAGGGGUUUCAACAAUUUGAUGACAUUCCAAACCUUUCCUCUUCGGCUGGAGGAACCUCCAGGGGAGGAACUGAACGGAUGCACACACAACAAUCCGUUCCUGAUUCUCAUGUCCAGUUGGACAUAGAUGCAGAUGAGGUAAACGCCGAUGCAACUCCCAAUCCUUCGGUGAGGCCUCAAGGAAAGAAGGCUGCCAAAGAAGCUCUUCGGAAAGGAAAGAAAGCAUCUAAUGAUUCCAGUCCUCUGACAGCCGCUGUGGAGACUAUAGCAACCAACCAAACAUCAAUGUUGUCUGCCAAGGAGAAACGUGAUGAGGAAUAUGCUCGACAUCUCCGUGACCAACAACAACGAGAUUAUAUACGCUUGCAAUUGGAUAUUCAAGAGAGGGAAUUCAAAAAUCAAGAGAGGGAAGAGCGUAUUAUGGAGAUGGACACAAGUAAGAUGACGCCAACCAAAAAGAAUUACUGGCAAAGAAAACAAAAAAAAAUUGCGGAGAAAGAAGCUGAAGAUGCAUCCCGUGGAUCUGGCUUCCCACAACCACCAUUCACCGGUGGAUAUUAUUCACAACCUCCGUUUGUCGGUGGCUAUCCACAACCUCCUUUCCCCGGUGGCUAUCCACAACCACCAUUCCCCGGUGGGUAUUAUCCACAAUCUCCUUUCCCCGGUGGCUUCCCACAACCACCAUUCACUGGUGGUGUCCCUUCUCCACCUUUCUCUUCGGGUGAAUCCACCAACCCCAACCAUAUGGAUGACCCUGCAAACACAAAUUGGAUUCCUAAUGAAGAUGAGGAUUAGGAAAAUUAGGGAGUUAUAUAUUUUAAAUAAUUGUAUUGUUAUGAUUCCAAUGCUUGGUUUUGCACUUAUGUAAUAUUAGAUUGAUGAAAUGAAAAUUUAUUUUAAUAAUACCAACAGGAAAUUAAAAGCUAAAUGAAACCACACAAACAUAAUUAAAAACAUAAAAACUAAAGUAGAAACCACACAAACAUAAUUAAAAACAUAAAAACUAAUAGAAAACACACACAAAUAGCAGAUCUAGAUACUCCUAUUGCCUUGAAAUUCCCAAAAGUGUUGAAUGAGGUCUUCCUGAAGGUUGGAGUGACUUUGGUCAGAUCUAAUUUGUUGGUAGCGGUCCAUGAAUCCGUUCAUAUGAUGAGCAUCUCUACCAACAGGAUCAAAGUCUCUACCGGUUGGUCCCUCCCAUACCUCAGCAAUCCUGGGCCUCAUAUUGUUAGCUUCCUCAUCAUCGGACUCCAACUCAUCGUCACUGUCUUCAGGUCGUUCAUUUUCGACAAUCAU